AGACGGGAAGAGGAGCUCGACAGCAGGACUGCGGGCGCCAUCAGACUCCUGCCGCAGUGGGAGCCCCAGCAGGUUCCAGGGAGCGAGCCGGCCCGGGCCGCUGCUCGGCCGACGGGACUGCCUCAGACUACAGCAGACCAGGGUCUCUCCCAGAGGACAGGCCCCCUGGGAGGCCCGAAGCCACCUAUUUCCCAAGGCCAGGGAGCGGGCACCUCAGCGAGCCUGGGAUUCUGCCUUCGGGGGGCAAAGCAGGAGGCGCCGGGCGCUGAGUGGGGCCAGGAAGGCGGUGGGAAGCUCCCAGCCCUGGGCCGCAGCGUGGGCUGAAUUCUCGGCACUGUCCAGGCCCGCGGAGCUAAGCCAUGAAGAGGAGGCAGGUGGUGGGGCUGAUCAUCCUGACCACUGUGGUCAUCGUUGCUCUGAUCGUGGGGCUCAGCCUGGGCCUGCGAGGCAAAGGGGCGCUUUCCCACGUGUACCGGAGGGCGGCUGUGGCCACCGACGCCGCGCGCUGCUCGGAGAUCGGGAGGGACGUGCUGCAGGACGGCGGCUCGGCGGUGGACGCGGCCAUCGCGGCUCUGCUCUGCAUGGGCCUCAUGAACGUCCACAGCAUGGGCAUCGGCGGGGGCCUCUUCUUCACCAUCUACAAUAGCAGCACUGGGAAAGUCGAAAUCAUCAACGCCAGAGAGGUGGCCCCCCGCGGGGCCUUUCCCCAUAUGUUCAAUACCUCGGAGCAGUCCGAGAAAGGAGGCCUGUCUGUGGCCGUCCCCGGGGAGAUUCGAGGCUACGAGCUGGCCCACCGGCGGCACGGAAAGUUGCCUUGGUCCCGGCUGUUCCAGCCCAGCAUCCGUCUGGCCCGGGAGGGCUUCCCUGUGGGCCAGUCCCUGGCCCGAGCCUUGGUCAAGCAGCAGAAGACCAUCGAGAACAGCUCAGAGCUCUGUGAAGUGUUCUGCCGGAACGGGAAGAUCCUGCAGCGGGGGGAGACUGUGCGGAUGGCCCGGCUGGCAGAGACCUACGAGAAGCUGGCCCGGGAGGGCCCCGACGUCUUCUACACUGGGAGCCUGGCCCAGCAGAUUGUCGAGGACGUCCGGAGGGCAGGGGGCAUCCUGACGAUGGAGGACCUACGCGACUACCGGGCUGAGCUGAUCGAGAACCCCCUGAACUUCAGCCUGGGGGACUAUGUGGUCUACACCCCCAGUGCGCCCCUGAGCGGCCCCGUGCUCAGCCUCAUCCUGAACAUCCUCAAGGGGUACAACUUCUCAGAGGCGAGUGUGGGCACGCGGGAGCAAAAGGGCCUCACCUACCACCGCAUCGUGGAAGCCUUUCGCUUUGCUUACGCCAAGAGGACGCUGCUGGGGGACCCUAAGUUUGUGAAUGUCUCUGGGGUGAUCCGGAACAUGACUUCCGAAUACUUCGCCGCCCAGCUCCGGGCUCGGAUCACCGACAACGAGACGCACGAGUACAAGUUCUACGAGCCCGAGUACUUCACUCCCAACAGCGCGGGCACGUCGCACCUGUCUGUGGUGGCCGAGGACGGCUCCGCCGUGUCCGCUACCAGCACCAUCAAUCUGUACUUCGGCUCCAAGAUUCUGUCCAAGAGCAGCGGCAUCGUGUUCAAUGACGAGAUGGACGACUUCAGCUCCCCCAACAUCAUCAAUCAGUUUGGGGUCCCCCCCUCGCCGGCUAACUUCAUUGAGCCAGGCAAGCAGCCCCUUUCGUCCAUGUGCCCCACGAUCGUGCUGGGCAAGGACAGGAAGGUCCGCAUGGUGGUCGGCGCGUCCGGGGGCACCCAGAUCACCACGGCCACAGCCCUGGCGAUCAUCAAUCACCUCUGGUUUGGCUAUGAUGUGAAGAGGGCCGUGGAGGAGCCCCGGCUUCACAACCAGCUCCUCCCAAACACCACGACCCUAGAGGAGCAGUUGGAAAAGGCUGUGGGGCCAGAGCUCAGAGCCCGGAACCAUCACACCAAGACCACUGAGGACUACAUCGCCGUGGUGCAGGCGAUCGCCAGCUCCCCCAACGGCUGGGCCGCCGCCUCGGACUCCCGCAAGGGCGGCGUGCCCGCCGGGUACUGACUGAGCCGCACCCCGGCACCCUGGGACUCAAGACAAUGGGGACUCCUGCAGGGGAUGAGGGCAGGGCGGCUCAUCCGGUUCUGUGUCUGCAACGUGCUGCUGGUUCAGGCAAUAAAUGAGCUGGACCCA